AUGGAGAUUGUGGACGAGUUUUGCGAUUUGUUGCAGUCACAUGCUAAUCGAGAUAAGGUGGUAGCUCUUACAAGCUACAUCCUAAAGCUAUGGGGCUCCACGUCGAAUCGUCAAGAAUUAUUGACUGCAAGCACUCGCCUUGCUGCUACCAGAGCUACGCUGCGGCUUUUUGACGAUGCAGCCGCUCUGAAAGUUCUUUACACAUAUGGACUUGGGAAACACGAGGGUCCAUGGUGGGGUGCUUUAGGUGUCACGAACAGCGUGUUCACACUCACCUUCCUCCAGGCUGAGAAACUUCAAUGGCUCUUGGACACGGGUGUACUGAAAGUCAAUGACGAAAUUGCCUACAAGAUACGGACAGCGCACAAGUUGUUCUGGUCUUUGAGCGCGUUCUUAGGUUUUAUAAGAUCAAUUCGCACUGUUCAUCUCUCAGCGCAACAAUUAAAGGAAAAAACCACUAAAUGCGCACCAGCUCGCUUCACACAAGCAACCCUUACCAGCACAAAGUAUUUCCUGGACAUCAUACACCUGGUCAACUGGCUCCCCAAGGGCUGGCUCUGGGGCAGCUCUAUAAAGACCACGCAUGCUGCAGCCAUAGCUACUACAUCGGGGAUUCUUGGUCUGGUUAUGCAUUAUCAUGGGAAACGGUUACUUUCACAGAAAUCUUAA